AUGCUAAACGAAACACAUCUCAAAGCGUCCGCGAGGCUCCCAGCCAGCUUCUGGGUCAUAUUUGCCAACAUCAGUAUCGACUUCCCGGCGGAGGCGUACACAGGCGGCGCUGAUAGCAAGAACGCCGGUGGAACGCCCUUCGCCAAGCGCCCUAGCUUCAACACAUAUGGCGGGCUUUGCAACCUCGAGGUUAACCAAUUCCGCGUCAAGUCAUGGAACGACAAGAUGUCAAUCUACUAG